AUGACUGUCACCCCACAGACAAAUACCUACAAAGCUAGCCUAGAAUCCCAGAAAAGAACAUAUAAUUACAUAUCCAGGACAUAUAUCGAAAAUAUAUACAAAGUACAAGCAUUUCUAAACCAAAACCCCAGAGCUAAAAAUACCAAAAAUCCCAAUGAAGACUAUAUAACCCAAUAUUUACAAGGAUAUAAUAAGCUAAUUGCACAGCCAGGAACUAACCCAAAUCUAAUAGCAACUUGCUACAACUAUGGCUUGCUUAGCACAGUAUAUACAGUAACAGGAGAUGAGAUAUCCAAAAUACCGGAACUAUAUAAAGCAUUCUUGCAAUAUAAGAGGAUAACUAAAGGCACUCUUUUCUAUAUAAAGUUUUAUGCAGCUACAGCAGAAAUACUAUAUGACGAAGUCAAACCUACAGUCCAAGUUAUAAAAAUUGGAUUAACAAGGGAAAUGAUAAUCCCUGAGAAGAUAGAUACCCAGGAAGAGAUACAGAAAGUAGAUAUUCCGGAAUUCUAUGCAAACAAGAGAACUAUCGGAUUAGCUACCAUAUUAAACGAGAUAACAAAUAAUUAUUUAAACGAAAAUGCAAUAUGGACAUAUUACAACAGAGACCAGACAAUUAUCUAUUCAAACUGCAGAGAUAUAAGAGAAGCAGAUAUGGAAGAGUUAAGACAAUGGAUAUUAAGUCUACUUAGACCAGAAACUACGCCCACAACAAGAGCUAUUCGGAAGAACUUCAUUUCCUCCAAUCAAUGA